CAUGGAACAUGACGGUUAAAGACAGGGGGAGGGGCUUGGAAGAGUACGAGUAAAUCAAUCAGGGUAGUCGUGGGUUUAAGCAUAAAAGGACGGCGUGCGAUCGUCGGGGAUCCUCGUACUUUGGCGAGGUCCUCCUCCCCUUCCCUGUCUAUCUAUACCUCACUUACAUACCAGUUUACUUGAUAUCACACCCUUCCCGUUCGCUCCAGUAGACACCCACGCCAUGAAGUUCCUCUUCCUCCUCCCCCUCAUCACCACCGUGCUCGGUGCAAGCCGCACCUCCCCCCCGUCAGGCUGCAUCCACGUAGCCAAGUCUGGUGACGCCUAUAGCAGCGUGCAGAGCGCCGUCGACUCGCUAAGCACGAGCUCCAGCACCGCGCAAUGCAUCUUCCUCGACCAGGGCACCUAUUCGGAGCAGGUCUACAUCGCGCCCCGCUCCGCCCAGCUCACCAUCUACGGAUACACGGCCGAUACGACGGGGUAUGCGGGGAAUAAGGCUAUCAUUACACAUAGUUUGAGUGCUGCGUCAGCCGGGAGCAAUGAUGCGAGUGGCACGCUUAGGGUUGCAGCAGCGAAUUUGAAGGUUUACAAUGUUAAUGUGAUUAACUCUUACGGUUCUGGCUCCCAAGCUAUUGCAUUGAGCGCCCAAGCCUCGUCUGGCUACUACGGCUGCUCUUUCUACGGCUUCCAGGAUACCCUCCUCGCCAACAAGGGAUCCCAGUACUACGAGAAGUGUCUCAUUACAGGGGCGACUGACUUCAUCUUUGGGCAGCAGGCCGCGGCUUGGUUCGAAGCGUGCGAUAUCAGGGUCAGAAAGGGGGGAUAUUACAUCACAGCAAACGGUCGUGACUCCUCGUCCAACCCUUCAUACUACCUCUUCAAUGGUGGUACCAUAGCCGCCGCCUCGGGCGAAUCCGUCUCUAGCGGAACCUACUACCUCGGCCGCCCCUGGCGUACUUACAGUCGCGUUGUCUACCAGACGGUGUCUAUGAGCAACGUCAUUCGCAGUGAGGGCUGGAGCACUUGGAACGGGGACACGGAUGUAGAUAACGUCUACUAUGGAGAGUACGCUAAUACGGGUGAUGGAGCCAGUGGCACCCGUGUUAGCUGGGCUCAGAAGCUCAGCUCAGCUGUGAGCAUUUCGACGGUGUUGGGGAGCAGCUAUGCUAGCCAGGGGUACUAUGAUGCUUCGUAUUGA